GGAUUCCUGGCUCUUUGAACUUUCCAUCUGCUGUUAAUCCGGGGAAAACCUUAUGAGUUAUGCCUUCUCAGGACUCUGACCUUUCCGAGAAGGAGCAGGAGAAAAUGACCAAGUUUCAGGAGGCAGUGACGUUCAAGGACGUGGCUGUGGUCUUCACUAUAGAGGAGCUGGGACUGCUGGACUCUGCCCAGAGGAAGCUGUACCGAGAUGUGAUGGUGGAGAACUUCGAGAACCUGCUUUCAGUGGGACAUCUUCCCUUCAAGCCAGAUAUGAUGUCCCAGUUGGAGGCAGAAGAAAAGCUUUGGAUGAUGGAAAGAGAAACUCAAAGAAAUGGAUACUCCAGUGAGAACCAUGUGGCUGUUCCUUCAGGCAGCAAGAAUCAAAAGGAGAUGGAGACUCUUCGAAAAGUUGCAUUAAAAUACCUUUCACACGAAGAACUAUCCUGCUGGCAAAUCUGGAAGCAAGUGGCAAGUGAUUUAACCAGCUGUCUUCAGAGGAAGCGUUCCCAGUUACUCCACGGUGAUUCUGUUCACGUUUCUGAAAGUGAGAAUAAUGGAAUGAAUCCUAAAGCAGGUAGCUCCAGUUACACUGCAGGUGUAUCGGUUUUGAGAACUCAGGAUUCUUGUGGGAAUACCUACCCGCGUGAGUCACCGGAGCAGAGUAGAGGUCAGCAAGUUAAUGUGAAAAAUAACCUGAGUGUAUGUGAGGCCUUCAUGAAGCAAUCACUUAGUGAUUGUAUUAGCACUGGCACAGAACAGAAACCCUAUGAAUACAAUGAAUGCGGCAAAAGCAUUUGCGAUGGUUUCAGUCGACAUGUACCCCCAGGAGGGGAUCUCUUUCCGUGUCGUGAGUGUGGAAAGGGUUUCAGUUAUAGCUCAGUGCUUCCACUUCACAACGUUCACCCAGGAGAGAAAUGCUCCAGGCGGUGUCCACACCUGCAGGCUCUUCAGAGAAUUCGCCCAAGAGAGAAACACAAUAAAUGUCAUGAACCUGGCGAUUGCUUCGGUAAGAGCGCUUUUCAUCCUCAUCAGUCUAACCACACAGGGGAAAAGUCCUACAGAUGUGACAGUUGUGGCAAGGGAUUCAGUAGCAGCACAGGCCUUAUCAUUCAUUACAGGACUCACACCGGAGAGAAACCUUACAAAUGUGAAGAGUGCGGUAAGUGCUUUAGCCAGAGUUCAAAUUUUCAGUGCCAUCAGAGGGUCCACACUGAAGAAAAACCAUACAAAUGUGAAGAGUGUGGGAAGGGCUUCGGCUGGAGUGUUAAUCUUCGUGUUCAUCAGAGGGUCCACAGGGGUGAGAAACCCUACAAAUGUGGGGAGUGUGGUAAGGGUUUCACUCAGGCUGCACACUAUCACAUACAUCAGAGGGUCCACACUGGGGAGAAGCCUUACAAAUGUGACGUCUGUGGUAAGGGCUUCAGUCACAAUUCACCGCUAAUAUGCCAUCGGAGAGUCCACACUGGAGAGAAACCAUACAAAUGUGAGGCGUGUGGGAAGGGCUUUACCCGUAAUACAGAUCUUCAUAUCCAUUUCCGAGUUCACACAGGAGAGAAACCCUAUAAGUGUAAGGAGUGUGGGAAGGGCUUCAGUCAGGCUUCUAAUCUUCAAGUCCAUCAGAAUGUCCACACUGGGGAGAAACGAUUCAGAUGUGAAACGUGUGGGAAGGGCUUCAGCCAGUCAUCAAAGCUUCAAACCCAUCAGAGAGUCCACACCGGAGAGAAGCCAUACAAAUGUGAUGUGUGUGGUAAGGACUUCAGUUACAGUUCAAAUCUUAAACUGCACCAGGUAAUUCACACUGGAGAAAAACCAUAUAAGUGUGAGGAGUGCGGGAAGGGCUUCAGCUGGCGAUCAAAUCUUCAUGCUCAUCAGAGAGUCCACUCUGGAGAGAAGCCCUAUAAAUGCGAGGAGUGUGACAAAAGCUUCAGUCAGGCCAUAGACUUUCGGGUACAUCAGAGAGUCCAUACUGGAGAGAAACCGUACAAAUGUGGUGUAUGUGGUAAGGGCUUCAGUCAGUCCUCUGGUCUCCAGUCCCAUCAGAGAGUCCACACUGGGGAGAAGCCAUACAAAUGCGAUGUCUGUGGAAAGGGUUUUAGAUACAGUUCACAGUUUAUAUACCACCAGAGAGGCCACACUGGAGAAAAACCUUACAAAUGUGAGGAGUGUGGGAAAGGCUUUGGGAGGAGCUUGAACCUUCGCCAUCAUCAGAGGGUCCAUACAGGAGAGAAACCCCAUAGGUGUGAAGAGUGUGGUAAGGCCUUCAGUCUCCCCUCAAAUCUGAGAGUCCAUCUGAGUGUUCACAUUAGGGAAAAACUAUUUAAAUGUGAAGAGUGUGGUAAGAGCUUCAGUCAGAGUUCGCGUCUUCAAGCCCAUCAGAGAGUACACACUGGUGAGAAACCAUACAAAUGUGAUGUAUGUGGUAAGGACUUCAGUCACCCUUCACGUCUUACGUACCAUCAGAAAGUCCACACUGGCAAGAAUCGUUAA